UCUGAUCGAUUUCCAGAUAUUAGUCUAAUGCUUUUACCUAGUCUUGUUAAUGAUGUACAAACUCCAGGGAAUCAUUUCAGAUUGAUGUUAGGUUAUGGUUUAAUAAGUAGUAUAUUGGGUCGCUCCAAAGAACAGGUUUUGAGUGACACAGAAAUCAUUGAUCCGUUGAUAUUGCGUUGUAUCACUGAUCUCAAAUCAAGUAAAGUUGCUAAUCAUCGUCCAAUACUGGAGUCCAUCCGGUCUUUAGUUAUAAACCUCAAGUCACAUGACAUGUGCAAAGGUGAUGGUGUUAUGAAGUUGCAUAAAGCAUUGGUUGAGCAUGAGGAAAGCAAUCCUAAAAAGACUGGACAGUUGACUGUAAAUAUACUUCAAUUAUUAGCUGAGGAUGAAGAGGAAAAUGACUAAUUUAACUUUUAAGGUACAUGUCAUGUGUAAUAUAUAGCUACUCAACAAAAUAA